AUGAAGAUUUUAGUGUUUUUAGCUAUUGGCAUCAUAGCCGUUAGUAAUGCGGCGGAUGUCCCGUCUAUUGUUAAACGAGAGCUCAAAGCUUCACCAUUUAUUAGCAAAAAAACAGAGACAGUAGAAGGUAGUGGAGAUGCAAAGUCUCUUAGUGCUCAUCCUGACAUGGAAGUUCAUGGUUCUGGAUAUGGCAGCGAUGAUGAAGAUGGUGAUGAUGUGCAAGGCUCUGGAGAUAGUAAGUCAGACUUAUAUGAGGGAUCUGGUCGACCGGAAUUAUCGGAACGACCACAAGUGUCCACUACAUCCACUACUACUGCAACACCUUUUGCUGUGAAGAGCACUACAACUACCACUCAUUCUGUUCUCAAUCCAAUUAAGAAAUACGAUGACAACGAAGAUACUUCAUCUGUUAAUCAAGAACUUCCUGGUAUUAAUGUGCUGGAAACUAGAGAAGAAGUUACUAUCACUACCACAACGACUACUUUAAAACCAACUACUAUCGCUCCAAACGAUUCAGCAACAUUGUAUCCUUUCCACAGUAUGCUGAAGCCUGGAAUUUUCGCCGCCGUUAUUGGAGGAACAGUUGUUGGUCUGCUCACGGCGGUCCUGCUUGUGAUGUUCAUCAUUCACCGAAUGCGUAAGAAAGAUGAGGGAAGCUAUGCUUUGGAUGAACCUAAACCUCGACCAUAUGCUGGAUAUGCUUAUACCAAAGCUUCAACCAAAGAAUUUUACGCUUAA